AUGAUACGUGCCUACUUGACUACUGAACAAGAGGAAUGGGACCUGUAUUUUAGCCGGGCAUAUCGUGCAACUGCCAACGAAUCAACUAAGAUGAGUCAAAACCUACAAAGUUUAGGCAGGGAGAUACGUCUACCAGCUGAUUUGGUCUAUGGUCACCAACCGAACACUAGUCCCACAGAUGUGCCACCUUUCUGCGAUUGGGUAGAGGGACUACGAUAUCGAAUGUUACAAGCUCAUGAGGUAGCCCGUAGAUAUUUGCAUCUUAGCGCCAAACGAAGCAAAGUAUUGUAUAAUGCAAGGGUGGUACAGCACAACUAUUUAAAAGGAGACUUAGUUUGGUGUCUUCAUGAGACUAAAAAGGUGGCAGUGUGUCCGAAGCUUGAGAAAAGAUACGACGGACCACUUGUCAUCAAGCAGAAGAUCUCGGAGCUUAAUUUCGAAAUUCAAAUGGACAGAGAAGGAUUCACCAAAGUCAUCCACCAUAAUAAAUUGAAAAGGUAUGAAGGAGAAACACCACCAAAAGGGGGCCAGCUCUGUCUCGAAACACGCAAGAAGACAUUAAUUGUUCGAGAAGUUAUUUAG